CUGGUCUCUCCCACCAGGGUCUGUUCAGCCUACACCUGUCUCUCUCUUUAGCACACAGAGCUCUCAGAACCAUGUCCCUCUGCCUGGAGGUAUCCUCUCCUACAUCCUUCUGGAACCUCAGCACCCCUUUUUCCUGUAGGUGACACAGCUGAUCACAAUGCUUUUGGGCCAGUGGUGGCCAAGCACCUGGGGAAAUCUACAAAGCCCGUCUCAGGGACCCCAGCUCCGCGCCCUCUAUCCCUUCACUUAUACUGGGGCAGAUGGACAGCAGGUAUCCCUGGCUGAAGGUGACAGGUUCCUACUGCUUUGAAAGACCAACUCAGACUGGUGGUUGGCAAGGCGCCUGUGUGCCCCCAGCUCUCUGCCCAUCCUUGUUCCAGCUGCAAACGUGACAGAGGACUCACUCUCCUUCCACAGCACCUCCCUCUGGGACAGAGCUGUUUCAUGCUCCCUGGAGGAGCUCUACCUGUUUCAGCAACUCCACGUUACUUCCGAGGAGCCUCCUUCCUGUCCCCACAAAAUGUGCAGAAGUGUGAGCAUGGCCAAUUUAAAGCCCUGCUUCCUGACACCCCUCAAGGAAGGGCCCAGAGAAAGCUCUCUCUCCAAGGACCGCUGGAUGACAGAGGCCAGCGCCAACGUGAAACCUGGCUCCAUGGAGCAGACAGAGCCUUUAGGCAGGGACAGUGGUGCCCCACAACCUCAGGAACAGCUCCAUCCGCAGGAGGAAAAGUCAGGCCUACUCAACAUGACCAAGAUUGCUCAAGGAGGGCGCAAACUCAGGAAGAACUGGGGCCCUGCUUGGGUGGUGUUAACUGGUAACAGCCUUGUGUUCUACCGAGAACGGCCGCCUCAGUCUGCACCCUCCCAAGGCUGGGCGCCAGCUGGGAGCCGGCCGGAAAGCAGCGUGGACCUGCGCGGCGCGGCCCUGGCCAACGGGCGCCACCUGUCCAGCCGCCGAAACGUCCUGCACAUCCGGACGAUCCCCGGCCACGAGUUCCUGCUGCAGUCCGACGAGGAGACGGAGCUGCGGGCCUGGCACCGCGCGCUGCGGGCGGUCAUCGAGCGCCUGGAUCGGGAGAACCCGCUGGAGCUGCGUCUGUCGGGCUCCGGACCCGCGGAGCUGGCGGAGCUGAGCGCUGGUGAGGAUGACGAGUUGGAGUCGGAGCCGGCGUCCAAGUCACUGAUGCGGCUCAGCAGCCGCCGAACUUCCAGUCGGUGUACAGAGGGGACUGAGCAGAAGAACCGCGUGCGGAGCAAGUUAAAGCGGCUGAUCGCCAAGAGGCCAACCUUGCAGAGCCUUCAGGAGCGGGGUCUGCUGCGAGACCAGGUUUUUGGUUGCCAGCUGGAAUCACUGUGCCAACGGGAAGGGGACACCGUGCCCAGCUUUGUCCGGCUCUGUAUUGAGGCUGUGGAUAAAAAAGGUCUAGAGGUGGAUGGCAUUUACCGGGUGAGUGGGAACCUGGCAGUGGUCCAGAAACUUCGCUUCCUGGUAGACAGAGAACGAGCAGUAACCUCCGAUGGGAGAUAUAUGUUCCCGGAACAGCCAGGACAAGAAGGCAAAUUAGAUUUAGACAAUGCUGAAUGGGAUGAUAUCCAUGUGGUCACUGGAGCCUUGAAGCUCUUCCUUCGUGAGCUGCCGCAGCCCUUGGUGCCUCCACCACUGCUGCCUCAUUUUCGAGAUGCACUUGAACUCUCUGAACCAGAGCAGUGCCUUUCUAAAAUACAGAAAUUAAUAGACUCACUGCCAAGGCCCAACCGAGACACGCUGCAGUACAUCCUGGAGCACCUGUGCAGGGUGAUAGCACACUCCGAUAAGAACCGCAUGACUGCCCACAAUCUGGGAAUUGUGUUUGGACCCACGCUGUUUCGACCUGAGCAGGAGGCCUCGGACAUGACAGCUCAUGUAGUCUACCCUGGGCAGCUGACUCAGCUGAUGCUCGACAACUUUGCCAGCAUCUUCACCUGACUUGGGGGAGGAAGAGACAGCUUCCCGUGAUUUGUCAGCAAGUCUUUGGAGAGGGGUAACAGAUUUAUUUGGAAGACAUCCUAUAAACUCUCCCAAAGGACACUCUUCAUUUCUUGAGUCUCACUUGUGCCUUUAGAUGAGGAGGGGUGUUGAAGAGGAAGUCUGAACCCCACCUGACCCUCUCCCGCAUGACACAUAAAGCACUUGUUCUCAGCAUUCCUUUAUUGUCAGAAACUGUCAUUAAUAAAGUUUUUCCUGGAACAUA